UGCUUGGGCGGGGCCGGUAGCGGCGGGAGCUGCACUGGCCAGGGGUUCCGGCUGCAUUUCCAUGAGCGCCGCCCGCAGCCGCGGAGCUGCAGGAACCCGGCUGGGGGCAAGCUGGGCCGCGGUAGUCAACCACGCGCAGCUUUUAGGUUCAUUUGAAUAAGAGAUCUGACCUGAGCGGCCCGGCUGCGCAACUCUUCAAGGACAGCUCGUAUUUGCAGCAGAGGAACAAGGGACAUAGAUCAAGAUGAAUGCCAUGCUAGAGACCCCCGAGCUCCCGGCCGUGUUUGACGGGGUGAAGCUGGCUGCCGUGGCUGCCGUGUUGUAUGUGAUUGUCCGCUGUUUGAAUCUGAAGAGCCCCACAGCCCCACCUGACCUCUACUUCCAGGACUCGGGGCUCUCACGCUUUCUGCUCAAGUCCUGUCCUCUUCUGACCAAAGAAUACAUUCCACCGUUGAUCUGGGGGAAAAGUGGACACAUCCAAACAGCCUUGUAUGGAAAGAUGGGAAGAGUGAGGUCGCCACACCCCUACGGGCACCGCAAGUUCAUCACCAUGUCCGACGGAGCCACUUCGACCUUUGACCUCUUCGAGCCCUUGGCAGAGCACUGUGUUGGAGAUGACGUGACCAUGGUCAUCUGCCCUGGAAUUGCCAAUCACAGCGAGAAGCAGUACAUCCGCACCUUUGUCGACUAUGCCCAGAAAAAUGGCUAUCGGUGCGCCGUGCUCAACCACCUGGGCGCCUUGCCCAACAUAGAGCUGACCUCACCGCGCAUGUUCACCUACGGCUGCACCUGGGAGUUCGGAGCCAUGGUGAACUACAUCAAGAAGACGUAUCCCCAGACCCAGCUGGUCGUUGUGGGCUUCAGCCUGGGCGGUAACAUCGUGUGCAAAUACUUGGGGGAGACUCAGGCGAACCAGGAGAAGGUCCUGUGCUGUGUCAGCGUGUGCCAGGGGUAUAGCGCUCUGAGGGCGCAGGAGACCUUCAUGCAGUGGGAUCGGUGCCGACGUUUCUACAACUUCCUCAUGGCCGACAACAUGAAGAAGAUCAUCCUCUCACACAGGCAAGCUCUUUUUGGAGACCAUGUUAAGAAACCCCAGAGCCUGGAGGACACAGACCUGAGCCGCCUCUACACGGCCACAUCCCUGAUGCAGAUCGAUGACAACGUGAUGAGGAAGUUCCACGGCUAUAACUCCCUGAAGGAAUAUUACGAGGAGGAAAGCUGCAUGCGAUACCUGCACAGGAUUUAUGUUCCUCUCAUGCUGGUUAACGCGGCCGAUGACCCCUUGGUGCACGAAAGCCUCCUAACCAUUCCCAAAUCUCUUUCAGAGAAACGGGAGAACGUCAUGUUUGUGCUGCCUCUGCACGGAGGCCAUCUGGGCUUCUUUGAGGGUUCCGUGCUGUUCCCCGAGCCCCUGACGUGGAUGGAUAAGCUGGUGGUGGAGUACGCCAAUGCCAUCUGCCAGUGGGAGCGUAACAAGUCACAGUGCUCUGACACGGAGCAGGUGGAGGCCGAGCUGGAGUGAGGCCUCCUGGACUCUGACGCGGUCCAGCCGCCUCCCCUGGAACCCGCGUCCCUCACUGGCUGUUUCAGGUCCUCCAUCUCCCUCAGUGACCUGGAUCUGACCUCACGCCAUCAGCAGGGACGACCCACCAGGCACACCCCUGCCGGAAUAGGCUGCCGUCCCUGGGAGCUCCAGGCUAUUUUUGUGCUUAGUUACUGGUUUUCUCCAUUGCAUUGUUAUCCAUGGUGACAAGCGACAGGGUUCUCACCCUCCUGUCCACUUUCAGCAUUUGAUUGCUUUUAAGCCAAUUACAUCUAGUUUCCCUAUUAAAAAUGUGUCUAAACAGCAGUUUUGCUUUGCCAAUCAAAAGGCUUGUCCCCAGGAGCAGUGAAGGGUGUAUGCUGUUUUGUGGUGGUCGUGUGUGUCGUUACAUAGAACGUGGUGAGCCCUCGCCCAUCUAGGCUGAUGCCAAAGAGGCCGGUCAGCAUGGGAGCCUAAGCACCUGGGCCUCUCACACUGCCAUGUCCUCUUCACGUGGCCAAGAAAGUUCCCUGGAGUCAGGAGCCAGGUUCCUCCUUUACAAUCUUCUAAGACAGUCUCCCCACACCUUUGCCAACGAUGAGAGUUACUGGGGGCACUUGUUAAAAAUUCAGCCUCCCAGGUCCGUCCCCUGGGAGAGGCCGAUUCAGUGGGUCUGGGAAGAGGUCUGGAGAUUUUAAUUUUUGACAAAUGGCCCCAGUGAUUCUCAUCACCAGGCAGAUUCGGGAAACGCCGUUCUGCUGCGGGGCCUUGCAGUGGGAAACAUCACGGUAGCUCAUUUUAUGGAAAUGUAUAGGUAGACGUGUCCCUUAGCUCCCAGGGGCCUCCAAAGCAGCAGUGUCUGUCCUGUCCAGCUGCCCUCGAGUGGCGGCAGUGUGAUGUCUCAGGAGAGGGCCUGAUGGGGAGUGAAGAGUUCGGGCAACGCCGGACUCUGCUUUUCCCUGGCUGUAUGACCCUGGACAGGUCCCUCUGAACUUCCGUUUCUUCACCGAUAAAAGGGGGGACUUGGACCCGGUGGAUGGCCGAGACGCUGCCAGUUCUAGAGACCCAUGACAAACGCGGCUUGCUGAGGGUUGAGAGAACAUCCCUCCAGGGAAGCCUGGGAGUUACUCUCCUUGUCUACACCUGUGGAUGUCAUCGUUUGCCUUUUUUUUUUUUUCCUGUCCCUCCUUUUCAUAGAGGUGUUUUGGGUUGUUUUGUUUUGUUUUUAAACAUUCAAUGGUAAUUUUACUUUUUUAACCCAAGUCUUUCUAGCCCUGGCUUUUGAUAACCAAACAAUUCAAAAGCUGGAUCUGAGUUUGGAGAAAGAUCUUUCCAACCGAAAAGGGUGUUAUUUUGAAACCAGAUUUUUAAUUUAAUAGCCUGUAUUUAUAGUCUGUUGGAUAGAUCUUUCCAAAGUAUGUCUUUUCAAAUGAAAAUGUUAUUCGAGGUUUCAAGUACUUCUUUUCUCCAAUCCUGUGGUACUUGAAUAUCUAAAAACCCUGCACUUUGGAAAAUCAGCAGUUGCUAUCUGGAACUAAACGGAACUAUGAAUGGAAUUGCUUGGAUACACUUUUUUUUUUUUUAAUGUCCUUGCUUCAUCUCCUUUGCUCCAGGACAGAUAGGAUUAUAAAUAGUGGGUCUGUGUGGAUGUUUCAGGGGUAAAGGGAGCCACCUGAGGGCCAGAGUGUGCCCCUCGUGGCCACAGGUGGAUGUGGUUUGAGUGUUGGUCCAAGUGACUAUGACGGUCCAAGUGACUAUGACUAUGACCUGAAGUUGUUUUCUGACAAUCGCCAGAUCAUCCUAAUUAAUACCAUCGAGAAAACCACCGUCUCAAAAGAUUGAGACUUCUGUGGUCCCCACCAUUGCUUUGUUGUAAUUUCUCACAUACACCAAAUUCAUGGUUGUGACUUACCCUCCCCAGCUGUUAUUUUUCUAGUGCAUUUCCUUUCCAUGUUCUUUUAGCACAAAUUGGCACUUUAUCAUCUACCCCCUCAAUUUGGAAGCUGGUCCCCUCCCCCCCGUUGCUCUUCCCUCCACCCAAUAGCACAGCUGUAAUCUAGAAGAUUCGUAGUCUUGUUUCUUUCCUACAGACCAUUUGUGAAAGUAGGUAAACGAAGCAAUAACUGAAUGGGUCCGAAUCACCAUCCCAGGAAGCAAGAGAUGCCUUGGCCUUUGCCUUAGGUCACAUCUGUUGACCUUUUCUGACAGAGUAGUGGCCAGGUACCAGCUCCAUUCAGGAAGAGAAAAGCCAGUCCUGUUGUCGCACACCAGGGGGCUGGUGGGUGACCAGAAGUCCCUGGGGUCUGAUGGUGGAGGAGAGGCAGGGCCUGGGGCCUGGCCUUUGUCACCACACGACCGGAAUUUACCCCAUGGGACUGUGGGGGUCACUUCCCAGCUGAAAUCUUUCUAGCGUGUGACUCUGAAUGGCACUCACAUUCCAUUUUGGCUCACAUGAAAUCAACUGAAGUCCUUUGUUCGGGCUUCAGGCUCUCAGGCAUGGAAAUGAGAAUGUGACCGUGGCAGUCUUACAGGAAAAUUCUUGUUUGUCCCUGAAUGAAAGCACAGAGGCAUUGAAUUUACAGAGAUGCAAACCUGCCUAAUAAACAAGGGAGCGGCAUUUUAUAUGUAGGUCAGCUUUUUCCUUCCUCCAGCUUUCUUUGCUUUUCUUCCUGAAGUCAUUCAUUUCUGAUGAUAAUGGGAGCGCUCUUCUUGCUGUGAAGGUCCUCUUUGGCCUAACACAAGGCCGAAUUCUCAAAGAGCAUUUGAAUAUUUUAAAAAUCAGAAUACAGAUAGAAGUUGCGUAGACCUAGGCAAUCCUAUCGCAGGGAUAACACAUGAAAAACCAAAGAGGAAAAGCACCCACAUCUCUUCUGGCCGUGCUCCCUGUCCCUCAAACAAUUUGAAGACAACUAAUGAGUAACGGAUCCCAGCCAAAUUCAGAUUAUGUAGAAAAUGAUGUCACGUCUCCUUGAUACGUCUUGUUAGAAGGAAAUUUAACAGACUUCAUGAUAAAGCUCUUCUCUUCUCUGCUGUGAGUUUGCGCUAGUGAUUCCAGGGCAGAAUGAAAGCAGAAAGUUGUUUGCUGUCACUAGAUUCUCUUAACCCCUCUGCAGCACAACACACUGGCAGGGGUCCCUGUGACAUCCCGUAAGAAGGGAAAUAUGCCUGAAAGAGGAGCAUUCCUUUCCUGACCUGGUGUUAGGGAGCUAGGGUUCAAGAGACCUGGGUUCUCAUCCCGAUCGUCUCUAAUUCACAUUGGAUUGAAGGCAAUCACUUCACCUCUCUGAGCCCCAGGGCCCUCACCUUAGACCAUCUUGAAGACCAUUCAUCUAUUUACACAUCGUUUGCCUCGGCAUUCCCACCUGCCUUCCACGGCCCUCGCAAGUGGUAUCGGGUCUGUCAAGCCUCACUCUGGGGGGACUUGGAGAGAGAGAGCUUCUGCAUUAAGCCUUUACCAGUGAAGACCCUUGAUAUGACCCAAAACCCUGUGUCUUUGGCUUCUCUUUAGAAUCUCUGUUGUCAUCUCAAUAGCCUUGCUUCCCCGAGGGUGGUCUUGUGACUGGGACAGGUGCUGACCAUCGGAACAAAGCGAAUGUCCCCAGCCUUCCGUGGGACUCAGAGCAUUGAGAUUCACAGUCCUAUUUCCCAGGGCAGAAAUCCUUCCCUCUCAGGCUUUCAUUCUGAAACCACAGUCUUCAUUAGAGCCGAGCCUUCUGGAUAGCUGAGCUUCGAUGCCCGGCAUCUGAAUGAGAGCUCUCUUUGUAACUGUGUGACUUGAGAUCCCCUUUGCCAGCUCCAGAGAAACAAUGCCUGUGUUCUUGUUUGUGUUUGCCAGGCAAGCAGAUGUCUGAGAUGUGAGGGGCUUUUCUUUGCCUGUGCCGUCGAUUCUUGGAGCUCAAGUAAAGAUCCCCGAAACGUCGCGUGGAGUCAGGAGAACUCAGGGCUUUGUCCUCCAGGCAGGACAGGAGAGUUAUGAAAGAGCAUUUCCCACCAGAGCACCGCACACAGCAUCAUCUGGCUUUGUUCUCUGUGCCAAAAGCCUUACCUUGCCCCUAGAGUGUCCCCAGGUGUCCCAACGAUGUUGUGGCACUGGAAUUCAAGUUCUCUUGCUGUGGAAGUUUGAAGCAAAGCCACAGCAAAGCCAGAGAAUCUUCACGUGGCCUGUGUGCUCCUCGCUACGUCAGGCACCCCCCCCCAACAGUACAUGUGAUUCAGAACUGGCCAAAUGUCUCGUCCCCCGACGCCUCUCUUCCUUCUCGGCCUUGCUCUGUUGUUCACAGCCGCUUUGGAUCACUGGGAGGCUUCAAAAAGCCACAAAGUGUGGCCUGUCUGUGGCAUUUAGAGGCCGAGCUCUGUUAUCUAAGCAGAAGGAAGGACCCCCUUCUUCAUAAGGUGGGAUUGCUUUUGCCAAAUUGUACUCAAAGCUAAGGGGAAGGGAGCGGGCCCCCGCUGGCUGUGAGAACCGGAAGGCUAUCCAGAACAAACGAUGCUCCCUCUUGCCUGUCUCACUGCUGCUGCGGACUCCGGACACCGCAGUCCAGGCAUCCUCCCCAAGUGGCCCUGGGAGGCAGGCAGGCUGGAGAGUCAGGCUUGCCAGCCAUUCUCAGCCUCGCAGACAGUAGACAGCUGCCCCUUCUGGAAGAGUCAGCCUCCCCCUGCCCCCCGAACGGUUUUUCCUGACACGUAUGUGGGGGGGAAAGCGUUUGUGUAUCUAAUGAACAAGCUGGAGUCCAUUUCUAACCAGUGGAUUAAGUCUACCUUGACUCCGUUCAAUUAAUACGGAAAUUUAGAACCUACCUUCUCCCCGUUCUGGUCCCCACUAUCCAAGAAAUCUAUUGCCGUAAAUUGGGGACAGUCCACUUCUAGCACCUGUAGAAAGGCCCUUCUUCUCAAAGGCCAGCUCCUUCCCGACCACCCACAUUGAGGAGUCCCCAGUCACUGAGAAGAACUGCUGACCCCCUCGGUCCCCAUGCCAGCCACUUCUCUACCAGACCCGGGGACUUGGUCCAUCCUGAGGGUAGGACUUAGGUUUUGUCUGGCUUUGUUUUGGCCUCUUCCGUCGUCCUAAGCACAAGUCCGCGUAGAGUCCUGUCACCUCUCCACACCAGUUCCCGAUGGUCUGGGUCUCUCCCACUGCCUCAGGAAGACCUUCACUGUACUCGAGCCUUUGACUUCUGCCACUGCGGCUGCCUCAGCAACACCAGGGCUGGGGGCGGCGUGGGGGCGGUUCCAUCUCUCCUUUCCCUGGUUGGACUCGCUCAGCUGCACUCUUCUGUUGGCAGAUCUGCUUCCAGAUUGAUUUUUGAGAACCAUCACUCUGACAUUCCUAAUGUUUUUGUUUUGUUUGCUUUUGUUUUCUUUGAUUUUCUGAAACAUCCGAUGCUGCCCUGCAAAUCACGUGUUUUUGAGUUUGUGUUCUGAAAGCCUCCGUGCCGCCGGAUUUUGGGGGGUGGUGGUGGGAAAUACAGGAUCCUCCAGCACAGGGGCAUUUAAGAUUUGCAACUAGCAAUGCAAUUUUUUCUAAAUAUGAGGAUAUUUACCUUUAUUAAGAAAUUAUACUAAACAACGGUGUCCUUGAUCAUUUUAUGUUCUCAUUUGACUUUUGGCUCUAUUUUGAUUCUGUGUGUUGGUGGUAAACGAAGAUCAUUACAAACAAAAACUGUAAUUUUGUUAUCUUUGAUUCAAUGGAAUUUCUUUACUUAAAUAAAAGGUUAAAAAUG